AUGACAGAAGCAAAGAAACCAGAUCUUUUAACCAGGUUGAAGGUUUAUGUCGACGAGGACACAGCGGAACGUGGUUAUGUUUAUUUUCAUCAAAAGGUCGACGUUGAAGUGGAUUUGCUUAACCAAAUUUUAAAAGGAUAUACCGAAAUAUUUAUCAAACCACUUCGUUUUGACAUCGAUGUCAUAAGAUUAUAUUGCCGGCAAUUUAUCGUCAACGAAAUAAAAAUCAACAACCACUCAGCAAAGUUUGACAUAAAUGGAUCAGAUGAUGCUGGCAUUUUUGGCGAGAUAAUUGUGCACAUUCCCGACGAAAUAACGGAUUUUCCUUUGAUUAACAAUGAUGGAGAAUGGGUACCAAUAGUGGUCAGAGUCGAAUAUACCCUGGAGAAGCCAAAAGCUGGAGUUCACUUUAAACUUCCAGAUAAUGACAAAGAAAUUUUUAAACCACAGUGGGACCCAUACAUGUUCACAAUAAAUAGCCCGACACCUGGUGCCGCAAGAUGCUGGGUUCCUUGCUUGGAUCGCAUUCGAGAUCGAUGUACGUGGGACUUUUUCAUAACUGUUUCAGACGUUGAAGGAUUUGACAAGAUAAUGGUGGCUUGUAGCGGAAACCUAGUUAAACUGUCCGAGUCUUCGACGGAUUCACACAAGAGAACGUUCCAUUAUAACUUACCCGUUGCAACUCCCGCACAAUAUAUCGGGUUCGCUUGUGGCCCAUUUAUUGAACCAUAUGUACUUGAUUAUCCCGGUAGCGAAGAAGGGCCUCCUCCAAAUAGACCGAAGAUUCUGGCAUACAUAUCUGCAGAAUGGGAAAAGUGGUUACUGUCAACAUUGUAUCCUAACGCUGACGAACCUACCGCUGACACCUAUUGGCUGCAUAAUGCAAUGGAAUAUUUUAUCGAAGGAUAUUCUCAGUUUAAUUUACACCCAGAGUUCGACAAAAAUAAUCCACCAGUUAGACCCGGAACUUUUCCGUUUCAACGUUUCCAAAUUGUUUUUGUAGACCACACAUACUCGGACGUCAAUUACGUGAUCGACCAAAGAGUUACAACAAGGCGUUCCUUGAUUACCGCAAUAGCGCAGCAAUGGUUUGGAAUAUUCAUCCCCCCAUAUUCAUGGCGAGAUUAUUGGCUUGCUGUUGGUUUAUCUAAUUUUUUUGCCAACAUGUAUUUUGAAAGAUUAUUUGGAGAAGACGAUACGAAAUUUUUACGCAAGAAGGAUAUUGAACUCGUAUGCCAACUGGAUGUAGGCAAGCCACCGCUAUGUUCUAUGGACUUUACCAUACCCUUCGAAUCAAAGGACCUCGAAUUCAUUUCUCUUAAAUCCUAUCUUGUCCUUUGGAUGCUGGAUAAACGUCUACCCUUUUUAGAUUAUCGACGUGGUAUUCCUGGUAUUAUAUACCUGAUAUUAAACAAAUCCAAAGAAGAUGUAGAACAAAAUAUUCGACCCGGAUUUUUGUAUACCGAGCAAUUUUUAGAACAAUGUAAAGAUGUCAUUCGCCAAGAAUUACGUAGUGAGAUUACAAAAUUCCAAAAACAAUGGAUAUAUGGUUCAGGUUGUCCCAAAUUUAAAAUCAGAGCACACUUUAACCGGAAAAAGUUGGCAGUCGAAUUUAGGUUUGACCAAGAAAAUACUAACCGUAUUGAGAAGGACAGUUCCAGGCCAACAAAUACGCCUCUUUUUACGGGUCACAUGGACAUAGCUAUUAAGGAACCCGACGGAGGUAAAUUGGUGGCUCAUGCCCCAUCUUAUUUGAAUGAUGAUGAUCCGAGGGAAUAUCCAUUACAAUGGGGAAUGGAUCCCGAUUCUGAAUCCAGUGAUUUGGCGGAGUGGCAAAUUAGCGAAUGGGUUGAAGAAGAAAAGGCUAGCAUCGCUAGGGAUUCAUGGGAAUGGAUUAGGGUGGAUGAUUCAUUCAGUUGGGUUGCAGAUAUUGAUUUUGAACAGUUAGAUUAUAUGUGGGCAGCACUAUUGGAUUCUCAACGCGACAUAAUUGCCCAUUAUGAGGCCGUUCGGGCAUUAUCCAAAAACCCAUCCAAGGCUUGUUCAACGACACUUAUGCGUACAGUUCGUGAUUGGAGAUAUUAUUAUAGAAUUAGAAUGGAAGCCGCAAUAGCAAUGGCCAAGUGUGCAAAUGAAGAGUUGGAUUUUAUUGGGUCAGAACAGUUAAUGAAAAUUUAUGAAAAUGAUUAUUGCGACUAUCGUGAUGAGGCCAAGUUUUUGCCUAAACCUAAUGAUUUUAAUGAUUGGGAAGAAUAUUACGUCCAAAAGACAAUUCCAUUCGCUCUUUCAUGUGUACGUGGAGCUAUGGGAAAUGCACCAGAUAAUAUAAAAAAAUUCUUAUUAGAUCUUUUGAGCUGGAACGAUAAUUCAAAAAAUGAGUAUUCGGACGAUCAUUUUGUUGCCAAUCUUAUAGAAUCGUUAGGAAAUGCCUUCAUUAUUCCAUUUGAUGGUCAGAGUCCGAAUAAUCCGAAUGUAGAAACAUUUGAUUUAUAUUGCGAAUCGCUAGCGUAUUCACAAGAAGUAUUGGAAACGUUAGAUAGGUAUUUAACACGACAUAAGCUUUUUAACUCGUAUCGUGCGCUACUUGUCGUAGCCACUAUUAAGACCAAGAAUUGCUUGAUGUUAAGCCAAAUAAUCCCAGCUGAUGGACGCGAACUUUUGCUUCAAUCACAAUAUGGCAACUAUGUAGGAGUUCGGGUUGCCGCGUUGAGCGCGUUAAUCGAUUUGGAAUUUCAUCAUAAACCUGAGAUAGCACAAUAUUUCACGUUUCUUGCUGAGUAUGACUCUGAUCUAAUGGUUAGGCGCUUUCUUAUUAGCAAGUUUGGUGAAGAUAGGGGUCCACAAUGUUGGGAUCUUCCAAAGAGAAACGCUCCGUUACGUUUAUUGAGGGUACAUUAUAGACGAUCCAUCCCUGGUAAUUUCAAUCACACAAAUGAAAUCACGCGCGUUAAACCAGACGUCUCGGUUCUUACGGGCAUCGUCAACGAAAAUAAAGGUACAUCUGCAAUUCAAGAGGCCGGCUCGGAUGUUGAGGUUCAUGAAAAUGGAGAGGAUAUGCCCUUAGCUCUUAGAGGUCAUCAGUCAAAGCUCAAGAAAAAAUCCAGUCCACCGAGUAACCAAAAUAUUAUUUCUGAUGCACAUUUAUCAGAAGUUAAAAAUGUCGUGGAGUUGAAGAAUGCAGAUUCGGAUGACGAAAUUGAAGUGGAAAUUGAUAUUCCUGAAACACGUACAAGGAGGUCGUCAAAACUAAAAAAAGCCACAAUUAAAGAAACAAAACAUAAGAAGAGGGGUAGUAUUACUGAAACCUCGGCUGCAUAUCAAACUGGGGUGGAUUCUGAAGGCCGCAAAAAAGCCAAAGUUAAUAAAGUAAAAAAGUCUGACGGACAUUCCGAAAAACAUAAAAAAAUUAAACUCA